AUGGCAGUGGUGGAAAUAAAUGCAACACAGAAGAAGCUGGUGGUACCAGAUGCCAUUAUUCCCUACAAGGAAAUCCUCCAGAUGUACUGGGAGAAAGCAACGAGCUUUGUGAAUGCACAGUGCAAUGGACUUGAACCUUGGCAACUGAUUGGGUUGACAUUUUCUUCUACGCUUAUAAGUGUAUGGCUGCAUGGCUUCCUUUUCCAGUCGGAGAGUUUAACAUCCCGAACUAAAAAACAGUUUUUUAAACUACUGAGAAAAAUGCCGUUUAUCGGGGCUAUAAUUCAAAAGAAGAUUGAUGAAGCCUUGAAUGAUGUCACUUCCAGUUUAUCCUUCCUGAAAGAUGAAAAGGAUUAUAUCAAAGCACUGCCAGAAAAAGGCAUGAGCCAGCCUGAAGUACUAGAAAAGAUGAAAGAGUACAGCUCAAAAGGAGAUGUACGUUGGCAGGAUGGGAAAGUCUCUGGGACUGUGUAUAGUGGUGAAGAGAAACUCACCCAUCUGCUAGUGAAGGUGUAUGAAGAGUUUGCCUGGAGUAAUCCUCUCCAUCCAGAUAUAUUCCCUGGUUUGAGGAAGAUGGAAGCAGAAGUAGUGAGGAUUGCCUGUACGCUCUUCAACGGGGGCCCCAACUCUUGUGGUGCUAUGACAUCUGGGGGGACUGAGAGCAUUCUGAUGGCCUGCAAGGCGUACCGAGACCUGGCUUAUGAGAGAGGCAUCAAACAGCCAGAAAUGUUGGUCCCGGUGAGCGCUCACGCGGCGUUUGACAAGGCAGCACACUACUUUGGAUUGAAGUUGAUUCACAUACCAUUGACCAAGGCUAUGGAAGUGGAUGUUCAGGCAAUGAGGAGAGCUAUCUCGAAGAACACAGCCAUGCUGGUCUGUUCCGCUCCCCAGUUCCCGCAUGGAAUUAUGGACCCCAUUGAAGAGGUGGCAGAGCUUGCGGUGAAGUACAAAAUCCCCUUCCACAUUGAUGCCUGCCUGGGUGGUUUUCUCAUUGCUUUCAUGGACAAGGCAGGGUUCCCUCUAAAGCGUCCAUUUGACUUCCGUGUAAAAGGUGUGACCAGCAUUUCUGCUGAUACCCACAAGUAUGGCUACGCUCCCAAGGGCUCCUCAGUGGUGCUGUACAGCGACAAGAAGUACAGGAGCUACCAGUUCUUUAUAGCAGCUGACUGGCAAGGGGGCAUAUACGCCUCCCCCUCCGUGGCAGGCUCCAGGCCUGGUGGAAUCAUAGCCGCGUGCUGGGCAACUCUGAUGCACAUAGGGGAAUCAGGCUAUGUUGAGGCUACGAAGAGGAUCAUUAAAACGGCUCGUUUCCUCGAAUCAGAGUUGAGAAAAAUUGACAGCAUCUUCAUUUUUGGGAAACCUGAGGUGUCUGUCCUCUCCAUCGGUUCAGACACUUUCGACAUUUAUCGAUUAUCUAAUUUCUUAGCUGCAAAAGGAUGGAACUUAAAUGUCCUACAGUUCCCAUCAAGCAUUCAUCUCUGCAUUACGCAGUUGCACACGAAGCCUGGUGUUGCUGAACAGUUCCUGAAAGAUGUCAAAGACAGCAUUGAGGAGAUCAUGAAGGACCUCAACGCCAAGACCACAGGCAUGGGAGCCAUCUAUGGAAUGGCCCAGUCUGUCCCAGACAGGAGCUUGGUAGCGGAGAUUUCUCAGGCGUACUUGGACAGCCUCUACAGCACGGAUGUUCCUUGCAGUGAAAAGCACAUGAACGGCUCUCCUGGCCACCACUGACUGGAGUGCAACAAUCGGUGCCUUGCCAACUAGCACUGGGGUGGUUCUAAAGGUUUCCUAGGGGAAGGGAUUGCAGUAAGCCUUUGUUUCUACAAUUGCAGGUCUGAUGGCGGCUUGAUCUUGAAAACUUCCUUCCCAUCUUAGUCUGUUCUGAAAUCUGCAUUAUUUUCAUGCCCAACUUUAGUUUUAGGGCUUUCCUUCCCUUCCCUCUGCCUAUUUUCAUCAUGACUAUUGAUGGUGAAUUGAAUGUCCAUUCCACAACUCCAAAUUCCUCAGGUAUUCUGUGUGUCACUUCAUUCCUUGCUGUUUCUUCUCCUCAGACCUGGUAUUCAGCCGGUGUCCAGCCAAGUGUUAGAUUUGAGUUCUUAUGUUGUGUUCCAAAGCUUCAAUCUUCUCAGAAGUUGAAGGUAGAAAAUAAAUUGAAUAUUUUGUUUUCUUUUGAGUAUUCCUCCAAGCUACUGCAUUUAACAGACUGUGCUGGGAGCCUUUUAUCUAUGUAAUGCAGAGCCGAUAAAUUGGCAAAGGAAAGAUAGUCAUGUACUCUUUUUGAAAUCCCCUCUGGAGAUCUCAGUGAGACUGCAAUCAAUAUCUGCUGAGGGGAAAAAAAACCAACACAAAAUCCCUUUCUGGAAUCUCUUGGUUUGAAUAACAGCAGAAAUAGAAACCAAGCAGGUGGUGUAGGGAGAGGAACUGGAUGGUACUGAAAAUCCUAGGUACAUAGUAACUGUUUUGCUUCCCUGCCUCUUCUAGAAGACAUGCAUUUACCACCUAGAGUGCUUGUUGUACCUUGCACAAUUCUGGAGGGAUGUGCAAAACAGUGAUUUCACUGUUCAUAACUUGAAGGUUUUGCACUAUCUCACAAUGCUGUAGUAGAGUCAGUCAGGCCCUGGCGUGUGUCAUGGCUAGGGACUUCAUGUGCAAAUAGAUGGCACCAAAGCUGACCUUUUUUUACCAUGAUCUUUUAGUAUAAAAAGGUGACUUUUGUAAUAGUAGUAAUCUCUGCUCUUUGCACUGAUUCUUUUAAGGCACAUUCUCAAAAGGGCAUUCACCAUUGUGCCUUGAUGCUUCUCUGGCUUUUUUUUGUGGGAUGCCAGGGAGGGUUUGAGGGUUCAGCUGUUGACUUUUGCAGCAUUUGCUGCGGUCGUUUCCUUAUGGUACUAUACUGAAAAAAAAACUCAAAGGCAGACUGGCCUCAGAGAAAGUACACUUGCCUAUAAGGUAGAAUAGUAGUUGUACUGAGCCAAGUCCCUUCACAGUAUUACAAAGAUGCUGGUAUAGCUCCGAGACGUAGAUGAUAGGAUGUAGCAAGUUGGAGGUAUUCAAGCCUUGGGCAUAUGGCUCACCACCCUUCCUAUUUUUCUCCGCUGUUUUUAUGGUGAGAGAGUUUUCCCAGUGCAACUGGUGAGGCAGUUGUGGUGCUAAGGACAAGCUAGAAUCUCUUGAGUUAUUAAACAGCAGUGGAGUCACUCCUGCAGGGCUUUCCCAUCUGUUUCCUCUCAGCUUUGUGCAUGCUACCGAGAGUUUCCCAAGCAGAGUUCAACACUUGGGAGAAGACUUCGUGCCACAUCUGCAGAGUCUUGUGCAGGGCUUCUGAAGGCAUCUGUCUCUCUGCUGUAGUGGGCAUGUUAGCCCGAAGCUGACCCUCACUGGCUUAACACCGCUGAAGCACACACUUGCACAACAAUUAUACCAUGAGAAGGUUUCUUACCAGCCACUGCCCAAACCAGUGCAGCAGCCUUGGGCCCAGUGAUUGUGGGAAGAAUACUUGCUUUUUAACAGGUUUAUUCUCAGUGCUAGGAGACAAAAGUAUUUUGGCCGUCUGCCCUUAAAUUGAUGACUUUAUGCAUGUCUCUGUGCCCUUUUGAAAACAUCGCAUUUGAAUUGCCUGACAGUCUCUUGAUGGUGUUACCAGCUCUGGCAGUCAGCAUUUAUGUUGGACCUAUUUAUUCUGUUAAUGUCUUGCCAAUGUGACCAUUACUGCAUCUCUGAGUUUGCUGUACUUUGGAGACAGUCUUAAGUGUCUGGCUACUGUGAUGGUUCUCUUUUGAACCGAGAUUUAAAAAACAAAACAAAACAAAAAAGGGAGCUACUCUUUUUGUUUCUGCUUUAAAAGAAAGAGGGAAUGGAUUGGGGUGGGGUUAAGGAGAGAAAAACUCCCUCCUCUUCCCUGGUUGCAUUCUCCUCUGAAGAAGUAGAUGGAUCUAAAGGAUCAGUGUUCCAUUUCACAUUUUUGGAUGUAUUUGAAGAUGUUAUUUGUAAGUCAAUGUAUUCCAUUCUGGUCUUCACUUACUAGUAAUAUUUGUGGGUUUAAUUAUUUUAUGUGUAUUUGUUCUAUACUGUAAAUGUAAUCUUCUGGUCAGGAAUAGGCCACUGUAAUUUACGGGUGUGUAGUCUUUAUUCAUCCUUGUCAUAUAACAUGUAAUCUGCAUCUCCUUUAUCAUGCCAAAUGGUCUUAGAAAAAUGGUGCGAUUAACAGGCUGUAUAAUUGUUUACAAGACAAAAAAGAAGAAUUUUGUGGACUGGAUUAUGAUCUGAAACUGGAUGGUACUUUAGACCUGGAGGGAUCUUUGCAACUAUUAAUUCCUGCGAGAUUUCUGACUGUCAGGUUUUCCAAGUGAGACACUAAAUUUGUUGCUUAUACAAAGCACUCCCAAAGGAUUUGCGUGCUCUUAGGUACUAGACUGAAGACUAUCCAAUGGGAUGGACCAAGAAGAGGUGUGUGUGUCUUCAUGCCAUGGAUUUCAUCUGCACUUUUCUGAUGAUUUGGGGGAGGGGGGAGUGGAAGGGUUGCGUACAACACAAUAAUAUCUCGCCCAAUAAAUACGCAUUGACUUUUUAAUGAACAAAUGGGAUGAGUUCAUCUGAUGGCAGUAUUCUGUAUUGCUCUAAUUUGCCACUGUAAAACUGUAGGCUGAAAUAGCUGAAAAGAUGGUGAAAAUGGGCCUAGUUUGUAUUAAAAUGGUGCAUUUAG